AUGAAGGUUAUGAUAAUACUUCUCGUUUGCGCACUAUUUUUGCAGUCAGCACGUGCAGUUGAGGAUUUGAAUCGUGUGGACCGAAUACAAACUCGAAUGAAACGCUGGGGGCGCUUCGGAGGCUCUGGAUUUCGACGAUUCGGGCGUGGUGGGUUCUUUGGUCGUCGCUUCGGAGGCUUCGGAUUUGGACGAUUCGGGCGUGGUGGGUUCUCUGGCCGUCGCUUCGGUGGCCCAUUCUUCGGUCGGCGGGGUCGUGGUUUCGGUGGCGGAUGGUGA